GACGAGCAGCUACCAACACAAAGAUGAAAUUCAUAAUUUUUACAUUCAUCACUUGCCUGAUCGUCGCUGUGUGCUACGCGCACAUCGGCGGCGGUUCGUCGCUGCAGAACAUCAGCCCACAAGUCUACUGCGGCAGAUCCUUGGCCAGAGCUAUGGCAUUCCUUUGCUUUGAUGAAGACGGUUUCGAGAAACGAUCUGAUGUCGGAACUAUGUAUGGACAAAUUCUGCCUCCGUAUUACAAAGAUCAAGAAGUCCAGAUGGGUCUGCCGUGGGUCGGCCGGGCACGGAGUCUGUCACUUGCGGGACGCGGCAAGCGCACCUCGGGCAUUGUCACCGAGUGCUGCGACAAACCCUGCAGUAUCAACGAACUACUCAGCUACUGCUAAAUCUGUACACUAAUCAUUUUAUGACUCUUGCGCAUCAUUGUUCAUAUAAAUUUUUCAUAUAAUAUAACAUCAUUUGCUUAAACAAUGU